AUGGCCGUUCCAGUUGCCAAACAAACAAGUCAAUUUUGGGCUGAUCGCGAUCCCAAAGACAUACCUGGUUCAGUUCAGGAACUCUCUUUGGACCUCCAUGCUGGAUUAGUGCAGAAAUAUUACAAAAACAUAAGCCGGAAUUGGCAAGGAACUUUGGGGCUGUUUGGAAUUUGGCAAGGAACUUUGGAGCUGUUUGGCUUAUUCGCAGAAGUAUGGUCUCCAAGCCCAGUAGCAAACCAGCCACAAAAACAGCAGGUUGAAGAUGUUAUAGAGAAAGAAGGCCAUAGGGUCAUUAUUGUGGAGACUUACGACAAAAAUGGCCACCACAACACUAAAGUCUCAAUCUCACCAGAGCAAUCACAACCACAACCCCAACAACAUGAACGACAAGAUAGUGGUGUUAAGUUUAAAUCGCCUAGCUUGGUUGAGAAAGCAAAAGAAAAGAUGGAAGAAGCAGCCGAUUAUGUUAGUCCAAAUAUUGGCCAGGGCAUUUCUCAUGGUUCUGGUGAUGAGAAACACUACCCUACGGAGCUUGUAUGUGAUAAACUAGGCAAAUGUACACACAGGAUGGCUAAAGUUCUACAUAAGGCCACAGACAAGGUUUCUGAGGCGGCACAUGAUGUGGUGGAUAAGAAGAAAGAGAUGGACAAUGAGGCCAAAGAGGAAGUGAAAAAUUUGUAUAAGAAACAGAAAGAGAUGGUGCAUGGGACCAAAGACAAAGUCGAAGGUUUGUACGAGGAAGCAAAAGAUACUGCAUCUGAGAAAGCACGGGAAGCCAAGGAAUUUGUAGAAGACGCAUAUGAGAAAGUAAAAGAGAAAACGGCAGAGAAAGCUCAUGUUGCCAAAGAAUGUGCACAGGAGUCCAUGAAGAAAGCCAAAGAUGCAGUUAAAGAAGCAAAAGACUUAGGCAAGACGAUUAGGGGAGAUGUUGCAGGUAACAUCACAGAGACAGCGGAGGAUGUAACAGAGCAGGUUGUGGAGAAAACAAAAGAAGCGAAAGAAAGCAUAAAACAUGCCACAAACAGGGUUAGUAAUUUUGUGAAUCGUGCAAAAAGGUACGUAUCAGAGGCAAUGACAUCGUUGAUGGGUGUUGUAAAUUUGCUGGGAUUUGGCAUUGCUUAUGGGAUGUGUGUUUGGGUUACUUUUAUUUCGAGCUAUGUGUUGGCUAGGGUUCUGCCAAGGCAACAGUUUGGGGUCGUACAGAGCAAGAUAUAUCCUGUUUAUUUCCGAGCCAUGGCUUAUUCUAUUGGAUUGGCUUUGUUGGGACAUUUGCUGGCGCAUAGGAGAAGGUUGUUCACCAACAAGGCUGAAAUGUUUCAAGCUUGUAAUCUUUUGACUUCGAUUUUGGUGGUUUUGGUCAACCUUCUCUAUCUGGAGCCUUUGGCUACAAAGGCAAUGUUUGAGAGAAUGAAAAUUGAAAAGGAAGAGGGGAGAGGAAGAGGAAGCCCAACUGCCGAAUCGAGGGAGGCACGUCAUGAACACACAGCCACUGAUCCUUCAGGCACAACCACAACCACAGGCAGAGCGGAGGAAAGAACUCCGGCACCAGCACAAGAAAACCGAGAUAAAGAGGAAAUCAGGUCAAGAAUUAGAACAAUGAAUUUGGAGUGCUGUAACCACUUAUGCCUUUUGACUGGCAACAAGGUAGCGGACCUCUUACUCCUUAUGCUUGUUUUGUUUUCCCUUGCCAUCGUUGGUGGCUUGCACGUUAAGGCAGUAUGUGCUGUGAACUCUCAAUUCUGGGUCAAGAAGUAA